GUUCCCCCAUAUAUAUAAACAGGUCGUCGUGUCUGCCCGUCAUAACGUGUCCAUUCAGCUGUCAAUAUGAAGACAUUCGUUGUAUUCGCCGUCUGCAUUGUGCUGGCUCAGGCCCUGACUGAUGAACAGAAGGAGAAACUCAAGAAGCAUAGGAGCGAGUGCCUCGCGGAGACCAAACCUGAUGAACAAUUAGUCAACAAACUGAAGACUGGUGAUUACAAGACCGAAAACGAAUCUCUGAAGAAAUACGCUCUGUGCAUGCUGAUCAAAUCCGAACUGAUGACCAAAGAAGGCAAAUUCAAGAAGGACAUUGCUCUCGCCAAGGUUCCCAAUGCAGCCGACAAACCCAUCGUUGAGAAGUUGAUCGACACCUGCCUUGCAAACAAGGGUAACACCCCCCACCAGACCGCGUGGAACUACGUCAAGUGCUACCACGAGAAGGACCCCAAACACGCCAUCUUCUUGUAAAUCCACAAUUAACAAUCGCAAUCGUAUUGCUAAAACUCCCGUUUAAUAUUGUGAAAUACAAUUUUGAUCAAAGAAAAUCGUUAUACCUCUGAAUUCUUUAUUACACUGCGACUUUUCUCUUACGUCUUUAUUACUUUAGUGGCGUCAUAUUACGAUCUAUGACGCAAUAAGUCAUCUAUUAUUUUCUUGUCAAAUACAUCUCUGGGCAUUUUAUGAUUUUUCAUGACAAAAGACGCUGUUGCUCUGUAAUUUAAUGAAAACAAUAUCAUUAAACAUUCAUAUCAUUAAAGUUUCAUUAUUUCCAAUACGUACUUAUACGUUUUGGGUGUCCAUUUAGACUGAUCGAUAGGGUUGUAAAAUUCUACAGUUCAACACUAACUUACUUUAGACGUUUCAUUACUGCCUGUACGAAUUUACUAUUAAUAGUGCAAUAAAAAAUAUAUGAACACA